AUGACCAAGAGCUGGGCACAACUCAGUCCCUACAAAAGCGCCGACUGGGGUGUUCCCAAGGGCGUUCCCCAAGGAGAACGAUGUGAGCUAUCUCAGGUCCAUAUCUUGCAUCGCCAUGCUCAGCGAUAUCCAACUGGCAUGCCCAUGGAUGGCCAGGUCAUUGAAAAUUUCCUUGACAAACUCAACGGAACUGUCGCAACCGGACCAUUGGAGUUCCUCAAUAGCUGGAAAAACGUCCUUGGUCUGGACGAGCUGAUGCGGACAGGUGCCUCUACCGAAGCUACCUCCGGAGCUCACUUCUGGCUUCAGUAUGGUAGACUUUUGUACCGUGCUACGCCUGAAAAUGUUGUUGCGUGGAAUCCAUCAUUGAAUGUUUUUCCCAACGGGACAGCCCGUCCGAAGCCCUUCUUCCGCGCCACUGAUCAACAUCGGAUCUUGGAGAGUGCGCGUUGGUGGUUGAGCGGCUUUUUCGGAAAUAUAGGUGCCCAUGCUUCAUAUGACCAAUAUGAUCUACUGGCCAUUCCUGAGAAGAUUUUAUUCAACAACACACUGGCUUCAUACUACUCCUGUCCCGGUGGCCCAGGUGAUCAGAGCAACGGAGACAAAACCUCAAAAACCUUUGUUGCCCGUUACCUCAAGGACGCUCGCUCUCGCUUGUCACCUUACUUUCCUCCCGAUUUCGAUUUGACUAUUAUUGAUGUCCUUGCCAUGCAAACAAUAUGUGUUUACGAAGAGACCAGUCUGGCUGGCUCCAAAUUCUGCUCUCUUUUUACCGAACAAGAGUGGAAAAAUUUUGCCUACAACCUUGACAUACAGUACUACGGCAACUGGGGCUUCGGUUCACCCGUGGGCCGUGCCCAGGGUAUAGGCUACGUCAUGGAACUUGCCGCUCGUCUAGAGGAGAAGCUCAUCCCCUCCAGUGAUACCAGCCUGAACUCCACUUACGAUAAUAACCCUGACACAUUUCCUCUACGACAACCCUUUUAUAUGGACAUGUCUCACGACAGCACAAUGAUAGCUGUGAUGGCCGCGUUGAAUCUUGAGUACUUCAAAUAUCCGAGCCCGGCAGGAUUGCCUGGUGAUGUUGAUCACGCCCCGGAACAUACGCAGAAAAUCAGCGAUGCUACGCCAUUUGGUGCUCGUUUUAUGACUGAAGUUUGGACUUGCCCAAAUGAUAUCACCUUCGACACCUUGGACCCUGUCCUUUACUCCAACCCCAACUUGGAGUCGACUGAGGACACUACCAAGUACAUUCGCUUCAUGCUGAAUGAUGCGCCUUUACCAAUGACCGGAGUUAUUGGCUGUGAGGGGUCCACGAAUGGCUUCUGCGCGCUUGACAAUUUCUUGACCGGUAUACCCGAGCUUAAGAGAAGAGCAAAUUACCGAGAGGCUUGUUUUGGUUAUUACAUUAACCGCACCGAGCCCAUUCUUUUUGAAUAG